UCUCCAGGGUGUUUUUUUGAAGCCCCUUACUCUUUGUAUCUCUAAUUUCUGUCUCCAGGGUAUUCUUUUUGUAAGCCCUUUACCCUCUGAAUGCCCAAUUUCUGUCUCCAGGCUGUUUUUUUGAAGCCCUUUUCUCUCUGAACCCCCAAUUUCUGUCUCCGGGGUGGUUUUUUUUGGAGCCCUUUACCCUCAGAACUCCCAGUUUCUGUCUCCAGGAUGGUUUUUUGAAAGCCCUUUUCUCUCUAAAUCCCCAAUUUCUGUCUCCAGGUUGUUUUUACCCUCUGAAUCCCAAAUUUCUCUCUCCAGAGUGUUUUUUUUUUAAGCCCUUUACCCUCUGAACCCCCAGUUUCUCCCUCCAGGGUGUUUUUGGAAGCCCUUUGCCCUCUGAACCCCCAGUUUCUCUCUCCAGGGUGUUUUUGGAAGCAGGAGCAGUGGAGCCCAGCCCCUCACAGCCUCUGUCCCAGCAUGGCAGACCAGAAGCGUCUGGCCUAUUCCAUCAUCCAGUUCCUGCACACCCAGCUCCAGAGUGGGAGCAUGUCCCCAGAUGCUCAGGAGAGUUUGGAAGUGGCCAUCCAGUGCCUGGAAACAGCAUUUGGGGUCUCCAUGGAAGACCAAGGGCUGGCUGUGUCCCAAACCCUUCCUGAAAUAUUUGAAGCUGUGGCAGGGAAGGAGCUGGAACAUUCCAGAACGAACUCAGAGCCUGUCACCCCCUCAGAAGAUGACGUGGCUGAAGCUGAAAGACUCAAGACUGAAGGAAACGACCAAAUGAAGGCAGAAAACUUCGAGGCUGCCGUGUCUUUUUAUGGAAAAGCCAUCGAGUUAAACCCAGCCAACGCUGUUUAUUUCUGCAACAGAGCUGCUGCCUACAGCAAGCUGGGCAACUACGCAGGAGCCGUGCGGGACUGCGAGCGCGCCAUCGGCAUCGACCCCGGCUACAGCAAAGCCUACGGCAGGAUGGGCUUGGCCCUCUCCAGCCUAAACAAACACACAGAAGCUGUUGUUUAUUACAAAAAAGCUCUGGAGUUGGAUCCUGACAACGAAACCUACAAAUCCAACCUCAAAAUAGCAGAACAGAAAAUGAAGGAGACUCCCAGUCCGACCGGCGGCCCCGGAGGGUUCGACCUGGCGGGAUUGCUGAACAACCCCGGCUUCAUGAGCAUGGCCUCAAACCUCAUGAACAACCCCCAAGUACAGCAGCUAAUGUCCGGGAUGAUCUCAGGAGGCCACAACGCCAUGGGAGCCACCGGGAGCAGCCCCUCCACCAACGACCUGGCCAGCCUGAUCCAGGCGUGAGCAGGGGGGGACAGGGGGGGACAGUGU